GAUAGUUGGGUAUAAAAACCGUGUGACUGUCGCCCGCCCUCAACACAACCAGUCACCAUGGACCACUCUUAUCUCCUGCUGCUGCUCCUCCUGGGAGCAGCAGCCGUCGUUAAUGGUGGCAUGACAACUGUCUCCUCCAAGGCUGGUGGCACCAGCUGCACGUCACCAUUCCAUGAUGUGGGAGGACGCUGCCUCUAUGUUGACGUCUCAAACACAGGUAACUGGGAUACUAUGCGCACCCACUGUAGGAGUCUUGGCGGCGACCUGGCCAUCCUGGACAACGCUGAAGUAUACUCCGCCCUCAUCCGCUACAUACACGGCAGCGGAUAUCCCGAGCUUCAGUACUGGAUCGGUGGCACAGACGAGGCCCAGGAGGGACUGUGGCUGUGGGUGAACCAAGAACCUAUACAGAUGGGCACGCCUUACUGGGCCACCUAUGGCUGUAGCAAUAACCAAAUGCCCACUGGCGGAACUUCUCAAAACUGUCUUUUUAUUGAUAGUAAUUAUCAUUUGUAUUUUAAUGAUGGAGAUUGUUUUACUCCAAUACACGGAAUCUGUGAGCAGUAAGACUAUUGACCAGGUUAUAUUUUGUGCAUAGGUAAACACUGAUCAGAGUUACAACAUUUCUGAAGCUCAUUACCAAACUUGUGCAGGGAAGGAGGCGUUACUGAGCCAACAAUGGCAGUGGCGUUAACCGGUGUAGACUCUCAAACCUGUUUAAUACCAAUUACAGCUUAUAUUUCAACCAUUUAUUUAAUUGCAGUGAUUUUCCUUGCAAUAAUACAUUGUAUGAAGUCUAUGAAUAUUGUACUAGCAAAAAAAUCCAAGUGAUAUCCAUA